CGCGACAAGCACAACACAGCUACUCUGAGAAUGGGUCGUCGCCCACCGAAAGCGCUCUACGAAGCAUAUCCAAGCUUGGACAAGCGUGGACCGCGAAAACUUGCCCCAGUCUCAGCAAGUCGUCAGCUCAGUUGAUGAAUUUGCACAAGGCGCAAACCUCCCGAUUCACUGCUUCAUUCUCCUACCCUAUGACAGAUGGUGUAGUUGGCGGCUUCUUGGCUUCCUUGGGGAGAGUUUUGCCCCACAUGUCUUUCAUACUCCGGAUCCGCCGGUGAAGAGGCGGACGGGAACUUGGCAAGCCACGGCGGGUGUUCCCCGGAGCGAAAUAGCUGCUUCGUGCUAGUAGCUCACCACGAGACGAGGCGCAACUACGGGGAUUCGUCAUGUCGCCCUUCACGUCAAUCAACCUGGCGAGGUCUUUCAACGGCCUCCGUGCGUCAGGCCCACCCGUCCUUCGACUGGAUCGACAUUUGAGAGGCCGCUUUGUCGUGUGAUAUAGAAGCGGCCCUCACGGACCGACACAUCUUUGCCGACCGCAGGCAUGUCCACCACGACGGACCAGCGCGCGCCCCGCGUGCAGGGUCGGAAGCGUUCAAAGCUCGCCUGUGAGCCCUGCAGGGAGCUCAAGCGCAAAUGCGACGGCGCUCAUCCGUGCGGGGCCUGUCUGAGGUUCGAGUACGAUUGCACAUAUCAGAAACCCUCCGGCAAGAGGAAGAGAGCCGCCGAGCAGCAGCAGCCGUGCGAACCCGCCCAGUCAUCAGUGUCGUCACAGCAAGACUCAUGGAGUCCGCUCAAUGGCAGAGUCGCAUCCGGCGCCAACAACUCAUCCAACAACCUUCGUUCCGUGGAAGCCAAUUCGGGGUCAGCUUUCUUGAGGAGACUGGCCCUGAGACUAGACCCCAAAAAUGCGCCUCGUAUGCACACGUUUGCUUGGAAUGCCUUUCUUGGUGCGAGGGGGUCGACGAAUGCAGCAGUCGCACAACCCAUCACCAAUACGCUGCCCCAGGUCGAAAUGGGACGUCUUGCUUCCGUCUAUUUCAGCAAGGUUGAUCCCGUCUACGGGUUCAUGGACCGUCAGCGCAUCGAAGGGCUCAUUGUUCGGAGAUGGACCACAUCAACAGUCAACAAGUUCGAAGAAGCUAUCCUGUGUGGCAUAGCAAGCCUGGGGUGCCUGUUCUCUCAGGUUGAGCCAACAAAGGCGGAGCUUGACUUGGUCGAAUCGGCAAGAGUGAUACUUGAGCAAUCCAUCUCCGAGGACCCCACGGCCACAAGCAUCACCGCGUGGCUGUUACGUGCCAUUUAUCUGAGAGUUGUGGGGACCCAUCACGCUGCCUGGAUGGCAAGUUGCAUGGUCCUUCACAUGCUGGAAGCGGCCGGCCUGCACUGCGAACCAACAAGCGAGUCUGUGCUCGCAGUACCAGCAGAGGCAGUCGACCCAGAAACGCGCCGGAGGCUCAUGGCUGUCGCACAGCACCUCAACAUCUGGAUGUCGUUCGAUAUGGGCCGCUCCAGGGUCUCGCUGUACAACGAGAGCAUGGUGGUGCCUGCUGCGCGAGAAGGGGACAAGACGGGCGAGCUCAUGGAACUGCUUCCGUACUCCGCAGAGCUUGACCCGCAGAAAGCACCCGAGGCUUCCGAUCUGAUAGCUGCUCUCUCGGCCGUCAUGGAGCGGGUUCACACGAUCCCACCGUCUACUCUUGCUCAGUGUAACUUGGCUCUGUGUCUCUGCCGCCGGUUGCAGUCGACAAAUGUCUCCUUCACCGGGGCUAUGAUGGACAAAAUACUCAACCUCACUGCAAAGGGAAUAACCGCUGCUCAAGAACUUCUGGACGCACGGUCUCCCUGGCACCACAUGGCGAAUAUACCAUUCCAGACUGUCUGCGUGCUUCUUGCAUUUGACAGCCUCUCAUCGAUAGCCCAGUUGAAGGACGCAAUGCAAUGCCUGAGCAACGUUGCGGCCAUCUACAAAACUGACGCCACAAGGGAAGCACUCACAACUGCCUCCUUGCUCAUGCUGUUGCAUCAAAGAUGGAAAGAGAGGGGAGCCUCAGAAAUGGACAAGUUGACCAAGCUAUUCCCGGUCUUUGCACCCGACGCAGUCGAUGAUGAAUCGCUCUCCUGGAGGCCGGAGGACACUUCUUGGCUGGAUAGUAUCGCCGGGGAAUUUUAUAACCUCGACUAUGCCGACAUCGACCAACUACUGUUCCCCACACAUUCAUAGUAUCGGCCUCGUGUCAUGGCCGCGGCUAUCACGUUCUAGACGGAGCCGGAGAAAAUUCUUUCAUCCAUGGCAAUCCGAGCGUGUCAUCGAUCGACUGGUGUUUGGGGUCAUGAUAUUUAUUGUAUUUAAUCAAGAUGUAGCCCUCUUAUGUAGCUAGAAUAAGAGCUUGUCUGGCA